UUGGUGGUUGACUAAAUACUUAUUUGCCCCACUGUAUAUUCUUUUGUUUAUACAGUAGUUCAUAGUGCGCGCAAAUACCAAAACACACUUCAAUUAACGUGUUGCAUUAAAGCCAUCUAACAGACUGACCAACAGAGGGCGUUAAGAUCUGAGAAGCAGCCAGCUGUUUCUAUCUCUCACAUGCACCCACAUAACCACAAGCAGACUCUAACAGGCAGCUGAAGACCAACAAGAACUAUAAAUUAAAGGUGCAAUGAUUCUGGUGGGCAACCAACCAAUACUUCUGGCACUGCCAUUUGUUCUUCUACUGGUUCUGGUGAUAUUAUGCUUGUGGUGGAGCAAGAGGAGACGUGAUCGCAGCCAGUACCAGGAACAGUUCGUAUCCGUGCCUCACGUCCCAUUAUGCACUGCUACAGUCAUCCCAAUUUCACAAGGCUCUUACGGAAAGCUUGAGGAGAUCCCGUUCUCAGUGCCCCCUCGCUUCACGUCGUCUCCAAGAAUCGUGGAGAAGACAGAAGUGAUGGAGACUCACGGGGACAUUCUGGCCCAUCGCGGAUCUCUCUUCGUUCAGAGUUUGUACCCAGUGGGGACCGUGCUUGCCGGCCUGUAUUCGAGCGAGGUGGUGGCGCCCCCGCCCGGCAUGGCCACCCGUCUCUGCUUCUCGGUGGAGUACCGCCACGGAGGCGAGCAGCUAGCCAUCUCCUUGCUCCGCCUUGGAAACCUUCCGCCUCGUUUCCAUGGUAACAUCACCCUGGUGCAGCUCCACCUGCUGCCUGACGACAGGCGUCCCCGCCAGGCUAAGGCGAGGGGCACCGGGCCCGAUCCGGAGUUCAACGACUGCUUUUUGUUCCAGGUGUCAAGAGUGCGUGUGUCACAGAGCACGCUCAGUAUGUGCGUACUGAGUGUGUCACAUGAUUCCAAACGCCACGCGGUGGGCAGGGUUUUAUUUCCCCUGCAUGGUGAGUUGGGCCAGGCUGGCAGAAUUCUUUGGAAGGACCUGGACACCGAAAACGACCAUUACUGUUCAGAGUUGGGUGACAUCCUGGUAUCACUGAGCUACAACCUGACUCAGCAGCGCCUAUCGGUGGAAGUCCUAAAGGGACGAGGACUGCAGCCUCUCACGGACACGGACCUGUGUGUGCGGGCGAGCUUACAAAUCCACACUCAAGUAUUGAAGGUGAAGACCAGCGCCACGGUGAAGGCGGACGACGAUGCAGCCUUGGAGCUCAGGACAAGUUUUAAACUGCGGACGGAGCACGUGGAUGAGGCUUGCUUGCGUUUGGAAGUGCGGCAGCAGAACCAAAAAGUUCCCUCAGGUCCUUCAGUCCCUCUGGGUUUUGUAGUGCUGGGGCCGUUCAUGUACGCUAGAGGCCCGCAGCUGCAGCACUGGAUGGACAUGGUUAACAUGCCACAGCAGCCAGUUACAAUGUGGCAUGGACUCUGCAUGGCCACCUGAAGCACACGUGAGCUUGUGUGUGGUGUUUCUAGCCUGCAAUGUUUGACAUUUGCUCCUAUGAAGAUGCUAAAUAAAACCAAAUUUUA